AUGGAGUGUGGCGAAGACUUGAUAUAUGACCUCUUACGUCAAAGAUAUCCUUUUUACCAAUUGAUAAACUUUUUCAAAACUCAUUAUAACCAAGAAACUCCAUUAGUACUACAUGCUGAACGGUUUAUUACAGAAUUGCAUGAAAUUUCAUCAACUAAUCCUUACUACAUCAAGAACAUUAUCAAAGUAUUAACUGAUAAUAUAGAUUUGCUAGAUGACUCUUCUGAGGGUAUUAUCAAGGUCAUUACUGAGGAUGAUAUUGAUAUUUCUGAAUGGCUAUAUGAAAAAUACAUUGGGCUUCUGAAUCUGGGCCAACCUGAUCCUACCAAUACAGAUGUUAUUCAGUAUCGAUUCAAUGACUCGAUUAAAAUUAAAUUAGAAGAAACACCAUAUGUUGUCAGCGCAGCUGGUACUACAGGGUUCAGGACAUGGGAAGCUGCAUUAUUCAUGACAUCUUUCUUCGUAGAAACUGGUUAUUUAGAUACGAUGAGCAAGAAGAAUAUCUUGGAGCUAGGUGCUGGCACUGGUCUAGUAAGUAUUGGUCUGUGCAAGCAAUAUGAAGAUUCCAUUGAUAAAAUAUAUGUUACUGAUGGUGACUCCCAACUAGUUGAAGGGCAAUUAUUAAAAAACUUCAAUGAAAACGAACUAUCACAUAAUGAUAGGGUGAUCUUACAAAAAUUAUGGUGGAACGUUGAUGAUGUGCCAUUAGAUUUAGAUCUUAUAGUUGCGGCAGAUGUCACAUAUGAUUCGAGUGUGGUUCCUGACCUAUGUGAAACAAUAUCUAAUUGCUUUAAACGAUCAUCUAAUGAUUCAGCAGUCUGUUUACUAAGUGCAACAGUUAGAAAUGAAGAUACCCUAGACCUAUUCGAAAAAAAAUGUCUAGAAUUGGGACUUGAUUGUUCCAUAAUUACAACGACUAACGAAGACGACCAAGGGAACAGAUUGGAACAACAAUUGACAUUUAAACCAUUAAUUGCACCUAUUCGUAUUUAUAAGAUUACUCCUAAAUAA